AACAGGUUUUGAAAAGACGAUAACCUUCGAGAGAUGUUAGUUAACUGUGUUAAGAGUUCUGGAGAGCGGUAUGAGCGAGACCAAACUGAAGUGGAUAAUGAAAUCAAACAGGUGAUUGAUAAUCUGGACAACAUCAUGAAAAAAACUAUAGGAAUGGAAGAUUUAGAGACACAUUGUCGUGAUGAAAUAAAAGAGCUUGUGAUAGGGGAAAAUAAUAAAAUGUUGAAGGACGUUUUCCAAAAAUUUUGUUAUGUAAACCCAGUGUUAUUUAUGGCCAAGGAUUUCAGCCUUAAAGUAAAUAAAAUAUUUGUUGAUAUCAAAGUCAAACUAGGAAAAUACAGAGGAACAGAAAAUUAUGUAGACUAUAGAGAGCUUCUGCAAGUUGUCGGGAACACAGCAGAGCCUCCAGCACGACCUAAAAUACUUGUGCUUGAAGGUCUGGCAGGGAGUGGCAAGACAACUUUAGUGAAGUUUGUGAUUGAUGAAUGGAUAAAUGGUGGUCAAGGUAAUUUAAAAGACUUAGACAAAUACGAACUUUUACUAUGGGUACAGUGCAGAGACUCAUCCAUCAAGUCUUACCAGGACCUUCUGGACCAACAGAUGCCAGAGGUAUCUAAAAAAUUUAGGAGCUUUCUGCCGAGAAUAACGAAGCUUUGUAAGAUUCUGAUAAUAAUAGACGGUCUAGAUGAAGUUAAUGAAAUCUCAGAAAAUCUUGUUGAAAGCCUAUUACACGAAUUUCAAAAUUCUCCUCACUCAACUAUUCUGUGCACUUCAAGACCAGAAAAAGUUGAAAUGUUCAGCUUUACGAUACCUGCAGAAUAUGACGUAACAAACGCUGAAAUACUAGGAAUAGCUAAACAACAAAUUCCUGAGUUUGUACGUCGAACUCACCAGGAGAUAAACAAACAGACGAAUAACAAUCGAUGCACUGACAUGCUAGUAAAGGACGUGAUGACGGUAUCAAGUAUUCACAAACACUUAACACUUCCAAUGAACUUAACAUUUCUCAUUUAUAUCCUUGACAACACACCUGACAAGUUGAACAUGACAGUCACUGAAACUGAACUCUACCAUGAAAUUCAUCACAUGUGUCGAAAGAAGUUAAUGGAGCGAUUAGUGAUUAAGUAUCCAAAGAUCAAGGCCAUGAGUGAAAGUGACUUGCAGUACAGGAUCAAAGAAAUUUUGAAAAUGAUAUAUAUGACACAACUCGUGUGUCUCUCACAUGAUCAAUUGACCCUUAAUGAAGAUACAGUAUAUCAAUUACACUCUGUUUGUAACACUCUGGAGUUACCUUCUGAUGAGGUAUUUUCCACAUUUCUCAGUCCUAAUCCCAUUUGGACCUGGCGAGGUGUUAAGGAGCAGUACUCAGCUCCCCACAAGGGAAUCCAAGAGUACUACAGCGCCUUGCAUAUUGUAACGACGCUCAAGGAUCAGCAACAGUCUUCUGUGUCUGCUCAAUCAUGUGAUUCCACAUCAGCCUCAGCUACAGUGAUCACACCUGCCAGUAUACGUGGAGUGUUGGAACAAACUGCAGGAACAGCCAAAGUAAACAUGGUCAAACACGAGAAUAUGCUGAGGCAUGUGGCUGGGCUGAUAUAUCUGUUUGGUCAUUUUCCUGAUGAUAUCUCACUGGAAAUUGUUGAUAUACUACGUGAGUCUGGGGUAAAACACAAAGAAAUGUGGCUUGAUCUCAUUGGACGCACCAAGACUACUCAAGUUACCUCUCAGGCCAUAUCUCGAUUAAUGAAUAUUGGAAAAAAUAUAACAAUUGAAGAUAGAAGUGUGGGGAAGUACGCAGCUCUCCUGCCACACCACAGGCCAUCCAAGAUCGUUAUUAAUUUGACUGAUGACCCUGCAGACCAGCCUCGUCUGCAGGAACUGCUGGAGGGCCUCGUCCACCAUAAGUGCAGAAUCCUGAAACUGUACCAUCACUACUAUCAUGCAGACAAGACUACUUCCUCUGACAACAUCCUUAAAUGGAUCAAGUCCAGGAGUAUCAUGGAGGAGUUCGUGGGUUGUCUGAGUGGCGAUGGGGUUAAAUUUCUGCCUGCCAGUGUGAGAAGACU